AUGGAUAAUACACAAUUGUCUACGGCGAACUCGCUUCAGGCGGCCCAGAGACAAGUGCGCGUGCAACUGACUAGCCAACAAGAAGAUAUCGCACUUCCUGACAGCACAGGUCCAAUUCUCGUGCCCACUGGUCUAAGACGAUAUGCUCUUUCGACCCUCGUCAACAACCUCCUCGGAAAUGACAAGCCGAUUCCAUUCGAGUUCCUUAUCAACGGGGCAUUCCUCCGAACAUCGAUUGACGAAUACUUGACUGCCAACGGGAUAUCGGCAGAAACCACUCUAGAAAUUGAAUAUGUUCGAGCCCUGAUACCGCCAUUGCACAUUGCAUCUUAUGAGCAUGACGACUGGGUGAGCGCGGUCGAUGUACUCUCUGGCACGUCUGCCUCGUCGAUCCCCCAGGGCCAGGAGCGCAUUCUCUCUGGAAGCUACGACGGUCUAUUGCGUGUAUGGAAUACGUCUUCCCAGGUUGUCGCAACUUCUCCUUCACCGACUGAAGGCGGACACACGUCCUCCAUCAAGGCGGCGAAAUUCGUCUCUCCAAAUUCAAUUGUUUCUGCUGGGCUCGAUCGGACAGUGCGUUUAUGGAAGUAUUCCGAGAGCGAAGAUGGCUUCUCUGGAAAGAUUGCUCCUCAACUUGAACUCUAUGGCCACAAAUCAGGAAUCAACUCGUUAUCCGUACACGCACCCUCAAAUCGCAUCCUCUCCGCCUCGGCAGAUCACAGCGUAGGGUUCUGGUCGACCAGGAAAUCCGACGCCCCGGCUGCGCCCGAGAACCUGCUCCCCUCAACUGGCUCGAGGACAUCAAAGAGGAGAAAGCUAAACACAUCCGUGAGCGUCUCACAACGCGGACCAUUGGCCCUUAUGUCCGCACACACAGCACCGGUCUCAGCCGCGAUCUUUGAUGCCAAAGAUUCAACAGUAGGAUACUCGGCCUCGUGGGAUCAUUCACUACGAACAUGGGAUCUCGUAACUGCAAGCCUCGUGGAUACUCGAACAAUAUCUCACUCUCUCCUCUCGCUUGAGCACCUACCCGACCACCACCUUCUCGCCACCGGAACAUCCGCACGCCACAUCACCCUCAUAGAUCCUCGCGCUUCAGCAACGACCAUCUCCGCUAUGACGCUUCGGGGGCACACAAACGCCGUUGUCACACUUGCGCGUGAUCCGAACAGCACAUAUGGGCUUAUCAGCGGUAGCCACGACGGAACAUGCCGAAUCUGGGAUCUGCGUGCCACGAAAACAGACAAAGGCGCAGCUGUUGGUGAUAGCGUAUACUCUAUCUCUCGAAAGAGCUUGGAGGAAGAGGGCAGGGCGAACAGCAAACGCGUAGGUGGUGAAGGUGUCAAGGUGUUUAGCGUCUGCUGGGACCGGCAAGUCGGUAUUGUGAGCGCUGGUGAGGAUAAGCGGAUUCAGAUCAAUCGCGGCGAGGGUGUUUUGUCUUCUUCAUAG